AUGGAAGAAUAAUAAAAUAGUCAAUCUUCAAGCAACCCUCUAGAACAUUUCCAUAGUGAUUUUUUCACUGUUGAUGAAAUCUCGAAGGCUUUUGAUGAAGUUUAGGAAAGAUGUUUUAGAUACGAUGAAGAAUGCACUGACUAAGGAAUAGCUCCUUACAUGAAAACCAUAGGAGAUUUAAAUAAAAUUCAACAAUCUAUUAUUCGUCAUUCUCUGUUUUCCAUCAAUGAAGAAUUAAACGAAAUAGCAACAGAAAAUCUCAAGUAUUUGCUCGUUCCAUAUUAUAUGGGAUAUGUCUACUCUAGAAUAAAUGAAGAUAGAAAAAAAAAGUUAGAGUUUUCACAGUUGUUCUUAAGUGAAUUUUUAAAGCUAUUAAAUCACUAUGAAUUAGUGAAUAAGGAAGUUAAAAAGCAAUGGAAAAAUUUAAGUGAUGAUAAUAAUUAUCAAAUUACUCGUGAUGAGAAGAUUGCAACUUAUAAGGAACAAAAGAAUUUAGAAAACAAAUUAAAAAAUUUAGAAAAGAUCAAAGAAGAAUCAGACCGCAGAGAGAUUAUUACAACACAAAUAAACAUUUGUAUUUACAAGUCUAUUGAUCUUCUUCGUUCAAAUGUAUAGGAAGUAGAAAUUCUUGAUUAUAAAGAAAAAAUAGAAAAUGACCCUAAAGCAAAAGAAUAACACGAAAAAAUUAUGAAUAGACCACUUCCUAAGCCAACUGUUACAAAGAUAAGCAAACCAGAUGACAAGAGUGUUCCCUUCAUGUUAGAAUAAAAUAAAGGAAAAGUUGAUUACUUGUGUCAUGGAUGUGCUUACACAAUGGGAGAAAAAAGAUAGGAGCUAAUGUAAUAGGUAUUUACUCCAGGUACUACUAUGCCAACAGUAAGUUUGGACUAAUUAGCUGAUAUAGAAAUUGGUAACAUGUAAAAAAUGAAGGACUCUGAAGAAGCAGCCAAAAAAAGAUAAUAAGAAUAAGAGGAUGCUGAUUCUGAUAGAGACUCUGUUGGAGAUGCUAAAUAAGAAGAAGCUCGUAGAUGGGACGAUUGGAAAGACGAAAACGAAAAAGGUGCAGGAAAUCGUUUUGGCAAAUGA